GGGAGGAGGAGGAGGAGGAGGAGGGCUGGGCGGUUGCCACGGAGCUUCCCUCCAGGGGGGCGCGCCGGGCGGCGAAACUGACUGGGCUCUCGCGGCUUAUCCCGGCUCGGAAGGCGCGAAUCUCCGGGUGCCGCCGCCUCCUCCCUCCGGCCGGCAGGAGCAGGUGAGAAAGGCCGCCGGGGCUCGGCGAGGGAGUCGGGACGGGCGGCAAGGACGCCGGUCAAGCAGGUGUUGGUGAGUGUGGAGGAGAAAUUCCAGGCUGGUGAUCAUACAUUUCUGUGUGGACAGCUGUGAAAGGAGGCAAGCAAGAAAUUCCGGUCGCUUCCUUUCUUUCCUUGCUGUGGAUUCCAGAGCAACAGUGUUUGUUCUUUUUCAUAAAGGCCUUCUGUUGUCCUGGCCAAACAGGGGUGGAAGAACAGGCCAUUAUUAUUAUUAUUUAGUUUUGCCUGUCCUUGCGUGCCUUUUUUCUGCAUUUUCUUGGUCCUAUCAAGAUGGCUGUGGAUGAAGCACCCGGCAACCUUGGCCUGGAAAGGAACAUUGAUCUGACCCAGUUGAAGAACCAUUUCUUCACAUAAUGAAAUCCUGGCAUGCCCACAAUGCCUAUCACUCCAGAAAAUGCGAUGCUGUUUCUUCCCAUCCUUUAUCGAUGGUUGCAGAGCCAUCUGAGGCGGGAAGUUGAGGAACCCGAGCACAGCCUUUGUCAUUCAGCCAUUAAGAAGCUGAGAGAGUACAUCCAGUUGAACUUCCCAGUGGAAGAGGGCAAGCUACACUACAGCCCUAGUCCUGUGGAUAUGGAAAUCUGUACGGUUUAUUUAACCAAGGACCCAGACAAGACAGAGCUGCUCGGUCUAAAUUUUGGCAACAUCCCUGCUUUUGGGGAUUAUGGUGAAAAACGGAGAAUGGGGAGAAGAAAGAGGGGACAUAAAGGCCCAGUGCUUGAUGUUGGAAGCAUUUGGGUCACUGAUUUGAAGAAAAACAGUCCGGCAGGUAAAUGUGGAAAAAUUCGCUUGCGAGAUGAGAUCCUUUCACUGAAUGGCCAACUAAUGGUUGGAGUGGAUGUUGGUGGUGCAAGUUAUCUGGCUGAUCAGUGCUGGAAUGGCGGCUUCAUCUACUUGAUCAUGUUGCGCCGAAUCAAGCGCAAGGCCCCUCUUCCUCCAUCAAAUGGCAACAAUAGUAAGAGCACUGAACCCAAAGCCAGGCCUAUCUCUGAGCCCAGUGGGAAAACCACUCAAAAUGGCAAAAGGACGAGAAAGUUUGGGGUCAUUACUAGAACUGUGCCUGGUGGUAAGGACAGCAAGAGCACCUCCAGAACAGAUAAUGAGAAUGGACAUUGCACCCUGGAUGGGUUGCAUUCAGAGGCACCCAAAACAGAGAAUCAAGCAGAGGAUCAGCUUCUGACAGCGGACUUCCCUUUUCCAGGAGAGCAUUACCGUUCCCGUCUUUCAGAUGGAGGCAUUCUAGACCUAAACUCCAGUGAAUUAUCCUUACAGAGAGAAGGCUGUCGGAUAUGGAAGAUGACCAUGAUGAAGGGAACCGACGGGUUGGGAAUCCAGAUCACUGGAGGCCGUGGAUCCAAGCGCUCCCCACAUGCCAUCAUAAUUGCCCGGGUGGAAGAAGGUGGAUCAGCUCACAGGGAUGGCAGGCUGAAGGUGGGUGAUGAGCUUCUAAUGAUCAAUGGCCAGUCUUUGGUUGGUCUGUCCCAUCAAGAUGCUGUUGUUCUACUUCGGUCAGCUGAAGGCCUUGUGUAUUUAGUAGUGGCAAGCAGGGAAGGAGCAGAAGAAGAUGUUCUUCAUUAUCCAUCUACAAGUUUGCCAGACCUAAUUAGCACUUGUUCUGCUCAGGAUACGGCCCCCUGGAUUGACAAUAAGGAGAAUGAAGCACCGGAAGAGGAGGAUGGAAAGGCCCCAGAGUCAGAAGUCCUGGAAUCUAUGACACACAUGACCGAUACGGACAGGUCCUCAGAUCCUACAGAAGAAGAGAGUUCUAAAGAGAAUUGUCAGAGCCCAACUCUUGGAGGUGGUAUUUUGAAGUACAAGACCCGAUCUCAAGGGGCGGCAACUCGCUUAGAAUCUGUGGGAGAAGAUGAUGAGUUGACAGUAGAAAAUGGAGAUGUGAAUUAUGAACUACCAAUGAAAUAUUCCCGGGGAGGCAGAAAGCAUUCCUUACCGCAGCAUUUGGACACAGGAACCAGACAAGAAUACCACAUUGUUAAGAAAUCCACUCGUUCGUUGAGUGCAGCUCAGGUUGAAUAUCCGUGGCGACUUACCCAGCCAUCUAUUAUCUCCAACAUUGUUCUGAUGAAGGGGCAGGGCAAGGGUCUUGGAUUCAGCAUUGUGGGGGGACAAGAUUCUGCCCGGGGUCGUAUGGGCAUUUUUGUAAAGACAAUUUUUCCAAAUGGGGCUGCAGCAGCUGAUGGCAGGUUAAAAGAAGGAGACGAACUUCUAGAGGUUAAUGGGGAAUCAUUACAAGGGCUGACGCAUCAGGAGGCAAUUCAAACAUUCAAACAACUCAAGAAAGGUGUGGUGACUCUCACAGUACGAACCAGACUUCGCAGCCCAAGCCUUACACCCUGCCCAACUCCCACUUUACUCAGCCGGUCCAGUUCUCCCAGCUCCAGUGCCAGUGGAGCAGCCUCAUUUCCCAGUGGAGAAGAUGGAGAUACUUCCUCUUCUAGUCGUAAAGGACCUGGACCAAAGGACAGAAUCGUCAUGGAAGUCACUCUAAAUAAAGAACCUGGGGUUGGCCUGGGCAUUGGUGCUUGCUGCCUCACCUUGGAAAACAGCCUUCCUGGUAUAUAUAUUCACAGCUUGGCUCCAGGAUCUGUGGCUAAAAUGGAUGGAAGAUUAAGCCGUGGUGAUCAGAUCCUGGAAGCAGAUUCGGUCAGUUUGCGUCACGCAGCGCUGAGCGAAGCUUAUGCCAUUUUAAGUGAAUGUGGACCAGGCCCGGUUAGCCUUAUCGUUAGCCGACAUCCUAACCCAAAGGUAUGAAACAGAAUGGAAGAUAUUCAGUUUUUCUCUACAGCAUUUCCCUCUGAGCCUUGCACAAUGGUUUUACAAGUAAAAAAGUAUAUUAGUACAAAAAGAUACCUGA